AUGGCAGCUACCAGCUCAGCCCACCUAGAAGAUCUCGCUUACCUGGACGAGCAGAGACACACUCCCCUGCGGACCUCGCUCCGGAUGCCGCGGCAGAGCGUGGCCGGCGCCCGCGCGCAGCAGGACCUGCGAGUGCGCUUCGCACCUUACAGACCUCCCGACAUCUCUCUGAAACCGCUGCUCUUCGAGGUGCCCAGCAUCACCACCGAGUCCGUCUUCGUUGGCCGCGACUGGGUGUUCCACGAGAUAGACGCGCAGCUGCAGAGCUCCAACGCCAGCGUCAACCGAGGCGUGGUGAUCGUCGGGAACAUCGGGUUCGGAAAAACCGCCAUCAUCUCCAGACUGGUCGCGCUCAGCUGCCAUGGCACACGGAUGAGACAGAUCGCGUCUGAUAGCCCACACGCCUCUCCGAAACAUGUGGAUGCAAACCGAGAGCUGCCCUUAACCCAGCCGCCCUCUGCGCACUCGUCCAUCACCAGCGGGAGCUGCCCGGGGACUCCCGAAAUGCGCCGGCGCCAGGAGGAGGCCAUGCGGAGACUCGCGUCGCAGGUCGUCGCCUAUCACUACUGCCAGGCUGACAACGCCUACACCUGCCUGGUGCCCGAGUUCGUGCACAACGUGGCCGCGCUGCUCUGCCGCUCGCCGCAGUUCGGCGCCUACAGGGAGCAGCUCCUGCGCGAGCCGCACCUGCAGAGCAUGCUCAGCCUGCGCUCCUGCGUGCAGGACCCCAUGGCCUCCUUCCGCCGGGGAGUCCUGGAGCCCCUGGAAAAUCUGCACAAAGAGAGGAAGAUCCCUGAUGAAGAUUUCAUCAUAUUAAUUGAUGGUUUAAAUGAGGCUGAAUUUCACAAGCCGGAUUACGGAGACACCAUAGUAUCAUUCCUGAGCAAAAUGAUUGGAAAAUUCCCUUCCUGGCUGAAGCUGGUAGUGACGGUCAGGACAAGUCUACAGGAAAUAAUUAAGCUGUUGCCCUUCCACAGAAUAUUUUUGGAUAGACUGGAAGAGAACGAAGCCAUAGACCAGGACCUGCAGGCGUAUAUCCUUCAUCGGAUACACAGCAGCUCGGAGAUCCAGAACAACAUCUCGCUCAACGGCAAAAUGGACAACACGACGUUCGGCAAACUCAGUUCUCACCUCAAGACCUUGAGCCAAGGGUCCUACCUGUACCUAAAACUCACUUUUGAUCUCAUAGAGAAAGGAUACCUAGUACUAAAAAGCUCCAGCUACAAAGUAGUCCCAGUGUCUCUGUCAGAAGUUUACCUGUUGCAGUGCAAUAUGAAGUUCCCAACGCAGUCUUCCUUUGAUCGGGUCAUGCCUCUCUUGAAUGUGGCAGUGGCAUCUCUGCAUCCAUUAACAGAUGAACAUAUUUUUCAGGCCAUCAAUGCAGGUAACAUUGAGGGCACUUUGGAGUGGGAUGACUUUCAGCAGAGGAUGGAGAACCUUUCUAUGUUUCUUAUCAAACGUAGAGAUAUGACACGAAUGUUUGUUCAUCCCUCUUUCCGAGAAUGGCUUAUUUGGAGAGAAGAAGGUGAAAAGACCAAGUUUCUCUGUGACCCUAGGAGUGGCCACACAUUACUUGCCUUCUGGUUUUCCCGUCAAGAAGGAAAACUAAAUCGACAGCAAACUAUUGAACUGGGACAUCACAUUCUCAAAGCGCAUAUUUUUAAGGGGCUGAGUAAAAAAGUUGGGGUAUCUUCCUCCAUCCUGCAAGGGCUUUGGAUCUCCUACAGUACCGAAGGUCUUUCGAUGGCUUUGGCAUCUCUGAGAAAUCUCUACACCCCAAACAUAAAGGUCAGUCGGUUGCUGAUUUUAGGAGGCGCAAACGUGAAUUAUCGGACUGAAGUUCUGAACAACGCCCCUAUUUUGUGUGUCCAAUCUCACCUGGGUUACACGGAGAUGGUGGCUUUGCUCUUGGAGUUUGGAGCCAAUGUAGAUGCCGCUUCGGAAAGUGGCCUGACCCCCCUUGGCUACGCGGCUGCCGCUGGAUUUCUAAGUAUCGUUGUGCUGCUGUGCAAGAAACGGGCCAAGGUGGAUCACUUGGACAAAAACGGUCAGUGCGCUCUGGUUCACGCUGCUCUCCGAGGACACUUGGAGGUGGUGAAGUUCUUGAUCCAAUGCGACUGGACCAUGGCUGGGCAGCAGCAGGGAGUGUUCAAGAAGAGCCACGCCAUUCAGCAGGCACUGAUCGCUGCCGCCAGCAUGGGCUACACUGAGAUUGUCUCCUACCUGCUCGAUCUUCCAGAAAAAGACGAAGAGGAGGUGGAACGAGCGCAAAUCAACAGCUUUGACAGCCUCUGGGGAGAGACAGCUCUGACGGCGGCGGCCGGGCGUGGGAAGCUGGAGGUCUGCCGGCUCCUCCUGGAGCAGGGCGCCGCGGUGGCGCAGCCCAACCGCCGCGGGGUCGUUCCGCUCUUCAGCGCCGUGAGACAGGGCCACUGGCAGAUCGUAGAUCUCCUCCUCACGCACGGUGCUGAUGUCAACAUGGCAGACAAGCAGGGGCGGACGCCGCUGAUGAUGGCUGCUUCUGAGGGACAUCUGAGCACGGUGGAGUUCCUGCUCGCGCAAGGUGCCUCCAUUUCCCUGAUGGACAAGGAGGGCUUGACAGCCCUCAGCUGGGCUUGUCUGAAGGGACAUCUCUCCGUGGUGCGUUCCUUGGUGGAGAAUGGGGCUGCCACCGACCACGCGGAUAAAAACGGACGCACUCCGCUGGACCUGGCAGCUUUUUAUGGCGAUGCAGAGGUG